AGUUUAUUCCUCGUGCUGAGCAAAGCAAGUUCGGUGUUUUUGUUCUUGCUCCGGAUCAAUUUGUGCCUAUUUUCUGUAAGAUGUCGAACAACAUUGUUGACCUGCGCUCGGAUACCGUUACCCAGCCGACGCCGGAGAUGCGGCAACGUAUGGCAACCGCUGUCGUGGGCGACGAUGUGUUUGGCGAGGAUCCCACUAUCGCUGAGCUAGAGUCCAAAACGGCGGCCAUAUUUGGCAAGGAGGCUGGCCUAUUUGUGCCCAGCGGCACCAUGGGAAAUCUACUGGCAAUAAUGGUUCAUUGUAAUCGACGUGGCUCGGAGGCAAUUGUGGGAGAUUUGUCGCACACCUUUCUCUACGAACAAGGUGGUGCCUCGUUCAUAGCUGGUGUGCAAUUAGCCACAAUUAGGAACCAACCGGACGGCACCUUUAGCCUGGCAGAGCUACGGCAGAAGAUACGGCAAUAUGAGGACUGUCAUGAGCCAGUCACCUCUCUCAUUGUGGUGGAGAACACCCAAAACAUCUGUGGUGGCAAGGUGAUGCCACUCGCCUUCCUAGACGAGGUCGUGGCGCUGGUGCGCGAGUCGGGCGUGGGCACCGCCCGGAUUGGCCUGCACAUGGAUGGAGCCCGGGUGUUUAAUGCAGCGGCUGCUUUGGACGUCAGUGUUGAGCGUAUCACACGUGGCUUUGACUCAGUGUCCGUCUGCCUGAGCAAGGGCUUAUCGGCGCCCGUUGGCUCCGUACUGGUUGGAUCUAAGGAUUUCAUUAAAGAAGCGCACCGACUACGCAAAGCCUUAGGCGGUGGCAUGCGGCAGGCUGGAAUCUUGGCAGCGGGUGGUCUGGUCGCCCUGCAGCAGGUGGUACCCCUGAUUAAAAAAGACCAUGAGCGCACCCUGCGCAUUGCAGAAGCCAUCGAUAAGCUGCACAGUCCCAAUGUGACCGUCGAUCUGCCAACUGUGGCAACCAACAUUCUGUUGAUACAGAUUAAGCAGCCCAAACUGACUGCCAGCCAGUUGGCCAAUCGUCUCGCUGUCAUUGAGCCAGAGGAGCUAACGGCUGGCAUAACCGGCCCGAAUGGAGCGGGUAUUGUCCUGAAGGCCAGUUCCCGUAAUUGGGAAUUUAUGCGUCUGGUGCUCUACCACCAGGUGAAUGAUGAUCAAGUGGAGAUGGCCAUAAAAAAGAUCUCCUACGUCAUCAAGCAGUACGAUGCCCGCUGGCCCUGAGCCCAGACUCAAUCCAGAAUUAUAUUUACUGAUAAGAGUGACUUGAUAAUAAAGCCGGAAAGAAAAUAA